AUGUCAGUGUCUUUGGUUACCCUUUUGGAUACAAUUUUGGGCCCCCAUAGUGAACGCACAAUACUAUCCAUUGAAGACGAACCGAUCUUGGACCUUGAAAGCACAACCCUGAACUUUUCCGACAUCCAAAAAGCUGAACAGGCGUUCAAGCAACUUCGAGAGUUAAAUUGUCAAAAUCUGCUUUGUACUUGGAAUCCUGUAGACAGGCGCAUAGAAAGUUUGAAGAAAUAUUUUAACGACUUUGAGUUGCAUUCUUCUGACAUUUUGAAAACUCACCAUGAAAAAAUCUACAACAUCCCAAAACAGUUGGAAACUUGUACGUUUGAUGAAAAGGAAGCCUUAAAGAUGCGAGAAGAAGAGCUCGUAAGACAACUUAAAGAGUUCACAAGUUUUUCAAAAACGGUUCGGAAAUCUCUUCGUCGUUCAAUUCUGUUGGAAGAUGAUCAAUCGCCAACUGAUGCGGCGAUCCGAACAGCGAUUGAGACUCUGGAAGAACUCGGUAGCAUCAAGGAUGAUAGGAUUACAGACGUUGGGAAAUGGUUGGUGAAGAUUCCCCUCGAGCCGCGAUUUGGUUGUAUGAUUAAAAAGGGAUAUCAAAUGGGGUUCGCCUAUGAUACUAUCGUAUUUACUGCUUUAUGUAGUUCCUCGGGAUCAAUAUUCUAUCGCGGCAGCAAUGAGCAACAGAAGAAACGAAGCGAUUUGAAGAAGCUGACAUUUUGUGACUCUAAGGGGGAUGCUUUUACUUAUUUAAAGAUCUACAAGGAAUGGCAGCAAGUGCCUGAGAAUAAGAAGAAUAAAUGGUGCUUUGAUAAUGCCCUUAAUUCCAAAUCACUUCGAAGGGCCAGAGAAUUGGUGAACGAGAUAUGUUCUAUUUUUAAACAUAACUGGUCCAUCGACGUAGAGAAAAGUUUUUCCAGCGAAGUGGAACUUGAGGAAGCUCUCCAUAAAAUUAUCCUGUUUGCCUUUUACGCUAAUAUUGCCCAUUCUCUGGGCCACAUUAGGAUAGGCUACUACAUUCCUAACCUACGGCAGAGAGUCUUUAUCCAUCCUUCCUCUGUCCUGAACGCUUUGAACGAUUCCAGUCAGUGGGUGGUGUUUAUAAACAUUCUGAAGACUUCAAGAGAUUAUAUUACCGUCGUGACGCCUGUAGAGGAAUCGUGGAUUCGGUGGGUCACUCUUUUAAAGACCAAACAAUUUGAUAUCGACGAGGCCAAGAGGAAAUCAGUGUGCUCAGUUCGUAAUCAAUUUUUCGGUUCCACAACAUAUUCAUUCUUUGUUGGUCCUGCAUACACAAACCUUAGAGCUUAUGAAGAUUUACUAUACGAAUCAGUACAAGUCCCUGUGGUCAUUGAAGCUGAUCGAAAAAUUGGGGAAGUCAAAUUCAUCUGCGGAUUUAAUGCGGCGUUACCUGGUGAUUUGGUAGAUGACUGGAUUGCCGAGGCAAGAAGUCACGUUAUACAAAGGACUGCUGAAUAUAAAGUAGGUUCGAGUAACCAGGGUGGUGGAGUUCGAAUAGUCCUUGGUUUGGGUGGUGAAGGUCAGUUUAUUCUCAUGCCUGACGAAUUUCGAACUGUCCACAUCAAAUCUUGGGACAAGGAAACUAGUAAGGAGACGGUGGUGGACAAGUUUAAAAGAUUUGGACAGAUUGUAGACUGUUGGGAGGACAAACGAUCUUACUAUAAUUGGGGUCGGGUGAUGUUUUCUACUCCCGAAGCUGCUGCGGAAGCAGUAAGAAUAACGCAAGAUGAUCCUAAAGGUUCAGCUGCACCGGAAUUCAAGAUUAAAAAACACGCCUCCUUUCAAUAUCAAGCAACUAUUGAGUGGUUGAGACGGAAACCAACUGGAAUAGUAUUUGUGGAAAUGGAUUAUUCGGAGGCGAUGUCGUUGCAGUCACUUCGCGAAGUUCAAAUACUUGGCCAAUCAUGCGGCAUCUCUUUGGAUAAGAAGAAGCCGGGUUCCUUACGUCUUCAUGGUGUGCCAACAAUUAUAACAGAACAUGACAUCCACAAUUGCUUUCCACACUAUUCAAUUAAUAAGAUCAACAUUUUAAGAGAAAAAACUUAUACGAAUUCGAACGAACUUCCAAACUUCCAACAACAGAUACGCGAUCAGUUUCAAGAAUUCGAUGAGGAUAUGAAAUUUGUUGUGGAUGUCAUGAAGCCACAUGACAAUAAUAUUAACUUCAAAGCGUUCAUAAAGUUUGACGAUGUUUCUCAAGGCACAAUGGCUUGUGAUGCUUUACAAGAAAGAUUGACAAUAAAUGGUCAAAAAGCAAAAGUUGUACCAACAUUAACGACGUCUUUAUCUGCGUCAGAGCAUGUCUACCAAUUACUAGAAAACAAGAUUCAAGAUUUUUUAGCCGAAUCCAAAGAAAAUGGCACCGAAUUCAACGUAAACAUAAAGCAAUCCAAAACCGAAAGACGCGUACUUUACAUAUCAGCUUUGAAUUCGAAUGAUCUCGUGCAGAUCCGGAUUGGAUUAUCAGCCGUAAUGCGAGGGCAGGUAAUUGAAUGUUGGCGCAAUGAGAACAAUCGGUAUUUAUUUAUGAAAUCAGGCCGCAAAUUCAUUCAUAAUUUAGAGAAGAGGACCAAUACCAUUUUUCAACUGGAUAACAGACAGCUCACUUUGAGAGUUUUUGGAAUAGAAAAUAACAUACGUAUGGCCCAAAACGCAAUUGAUCAGUAUGUUCGAAACAUGGUUGAAGUCGGUAGAAGUCGGGAAAUCAAACUGGAUGGCGAAUCUAAGCCAAAAGGCUUGAUAAAAACCCUGGUGACUCGCUAUGGUUUAGAACUGGAGGAUUUCGUACAAGAGUCUGGAUUACAGUCUGCUAGUUUGAACCACCGUAAUAAAUCGCUGAAGAUUUGUGGUGAUUCAGCGACUAUGGAAAAGGCUGCAGGAUUUAUCGAGUCAUUGGCUGCUGAACUGAGGAGUAAAACCACGAAGUCGGAAAGGGAGGAGUUUCCGGAGUGCUGUGCUUGUCUGUGUCCAGUUGAAAGUAUGGACCACAUGUACCGAUUAGACGCCUGUGGACAUGUAUAUUGUCUCGAAUGCAUCAAGCAGCAGAUAAAUGUAGCUGUUUAUAGAAAAGAGUUACCGGUCUUGUGUGCUGACUGUCAAGACCCACUUGUUUGGUCAGAUUUUGAUUUCUGCUUCAAACGGCUGCAAAUCAAUCCUUUAGAUUUAGUGAAUACAGCCGUGUUUGUGUACAUGACUAAAAACAAAGAUGGCUACCAACAUUGCCCCACCCCUGACUGUCCAGUGGUUUAUCGCAUUACUGAGAAGGGGGAUAUUUUCAUCUGUAAUGAAUGUGAAAUGAGGAUCUGCACCUCCUGCCAUGUUGAAUAUCAUGAUGGUUUGACAUGUGCUAUGUUGAAGAGUUCCUUGGCUGAAUCAGAAUUGGAGAAAUAUUUGACAAAAAAUGCAUCAAACGUUAAGAAAUGUCCGAAGUGUUCUACCCCAAUUGAGAAAAUAGAGGGAUGUAACCAUAUGAUUUGUAAUGCAUGUAAAAUCCAUUUCUGUUGGCUUUGCUGUGAGGCCUUUACUACAGAACAGUCCACGUAUGAUCACUUGACUGCACAACAUGGAGGGAUAUUUGACUAUCCGGAUGUUUUGUAA